AUGGACGCAGUGGGAGGAGCCAGUGCAAAGGCCCUGGGGCAGGUGCUGGCGGCCGAGGAGAACGUGGACUUCCGGAUCCACGUGGAGAACCAGACGCGGGCUCGGGACGAUGUGAGCCGUAAGCAGCUGCGGCUGUACCAGCUCUACAGCCGGACCAGCGGGAAGCACAUCCAGGUCCUGGGCCGCAGGAUCAGCGCCCGUGGCGAGGACGGGGACAAGUAUGCCCAGCUCCUAGUGGAGACAGAUACCUUCGGCAGUCAAGUCCGGAUCAAGGGCAAGGAGACGGAGUUCUACCUGUGCAUGAACCGGAAGGGCAAGCUGGUGGGGAAGCCCGACGGCACCAGUAAGGAGUGCGUGUUCAUCGAGAAGGUCCUGGAGAACAACUACACGGCCCUGAUGUCGGCCAAGUACUCCGGCUGGUACGUGGGCUUCACCAAGAAGGGGCGGCCGCGGAAGGGCCCCAAGACCCGGGAGAACCAGCAGGACGUGCACUUCAUGAAGCGCUACCCCAAGGGGCAGGCGGAGCUGCAGAAGCCCUUCAAGUACACCACGGUGACCAAGCGGUCACGGCGCAUCCGCCCCACAAACCCCGGCUAGAGGCACAGAGGGCUGCACCAGAGGAAUAUUUUUACAUGAAAAAGAAGGAAGAAGCUCUAUUUUUGUACAUUGUGUUUCAAAGAAGACAAAAACUGAACCAAAACUCUUGUGGUGGUGGGGGAGGAACGGGGGACGAUAAGGAUUUUAUUGUUGACUUGAACCCUCCCCCCCCCCUGCUCCCUCCACCCGAUGACAAAGACUCACGUCACGCAAAGGGACUGUUGUCAGCGCACAGGUGCUUGUCUCUCUCAGAACAGACAACUCUAAACGCGUCCCCGGAGGAGGACUUGAAUGAGGAAAACGACACUCUGAGAAACCAAAGUCCUUUUUCCCAAAGGUUCUGAAAGCAAAAGAAAAAAAAAGCAAAAAAAAAAAAAA